AUGAAAUCACCUCUCGAGCUCGUCUUCAAACGCGUUGAAGGAUUGGAUGUUGCCAUGGACGUGUAUAUCCCAGACAGCGCGUCGAAGGAGGCGCCAGUGCCCGUGUUCCUCUGGUGGCAUGGGGUACCUCCUCACAUGCUGAAAGCGCCUGACAAGCACAAUCUCUGCCUUAUCUCGGCCGACUAUCGCCUCGCUCCUCAAACUCGACUCCCCGGUAUCCUAUCCGACUGCAAAUCCGCUAUCGACUUUCUACAUGCGAGCGAGUUCGCAGAGGCCACGGAAAACUGCGUCGACGUCUCGCGAGUGGUUCUCAGUGGGAGCUCUGCUGGUGGUUGGCUCUGCCUUCUCGCUGGGACUGGCAUCGGCUUCGAGGCGUGUGGGUUGGAACGACCCCGUCCUGUGCGCGGAAUCGUCGCUCUGUACCCCAUUACGGAUCUUCAAGACCCCUUCUGGAAGACAAAACAACAUCCAGUGUCGUACAGGGACCACAUUAUCGAUAGGGCUGAGGUGGAGCCCUUCGUCAAUCCCGAUGACGUGAAGACGACUUGGUGUGCAUUCGAGGAUAGGAGGUGGAUAUUUUACGACUACAUGGUUCAAGAGGCCAUUUUAUCGGAACUUCUGCUCGAUGGAACGGGAAUUCCAGAACGGUCAUUCAGCAUCGCCGACUCGUUGAGAUCGAAAAAGUUCAAACUGCCUCCGACUUAUAUCAUGACUGGGAAUAACGACAAGAAGGUUCCUCAUGUUCAGUCGACGAAUGUGUUUGAAGCGGCAAAGGCGAUAGGGGCAAGCAUAGAGUACCAUGAACUCGAGGGCUUAGAUCACGCCUUCGACUUCGACCCAAACGUUCAUUACGAAGAUACAAUCGCCUUCUCUCCCUCUACCAUGUCCCCAGCUCUCUAUUCCGCAACAUCGAACGGCAUCCAUGUCAAUGGCGUCCACACUAAUGGCAUCCACACUAAUGGAACUCACCCAUUAAAGAAACGCAUCGACGGCUUUGGAACACGCGCUGUGCAUGUAGGCUCCGAACCCAACGAGGAGACCGGGGCAGUCAUCCCCGCUAUAUCGCUCAGCACAACCUACAAGCAGCAGGCCAUCGGUGUGCACAAGGGCUUCGAAUACUCUAGAUCCGGCAACCCCAAUAGAAACGCCCUUGAGGAUACUCUUGCGGCAUUGGAAGGCGGCGGAGCCUAUGCACUGGCCUUUGCUUCGGGAUCAUCCACGACAGCAACAGUGUUGCAAUCGCUCGGCCCCAACGCACAUAUCGUCAGUGUGAACGAUGUCUACGGAGGGACCUUCCGUUACAUUCGGCGGGUAGCAGCAGAGAACCAGGGCCUGGAGGCGACCUUCCUGGAUCUGGAGAAUGCAAGUGAUGAGGACAUCAUAGCGUCAUUCAGAGAGAAUACGAAACUUGUCUGGAUAGAAUCGCCCACGAAUCCGACCCUGCGACUGAUAGAUAUCCAGCGUAUCGCUCACCUCGCCCAUUCGCAUCCUUUUCGGCCCGUCGUCCUCGUAGACAACACCUUCCUAUCCCCAUUCUACUCUUCCCCACUGCUUCUGGGCGCCGACAUUGUCCUGCACUCGCUCACAAAAUACAUCAAUGGUCACUCCGACGUCGUCAUGGGCGCCUUAAUCCUCCCCGACUCGCAGGCGGUGCUCGCGGACAAGCUCCGGUUCCUACAGAACGCCAUCGGUGCCGUUCCGAGUGCGUACGACUGCUGGCUUGCCCAACGCGGUGCGAAGACGCUGCAUCUCCGUAUGAAGCAGCACGGGCUGAACGCCCUCGCCGUGGCGCGGGCCCUGGAGACGUCCCCUGGUGUCGAGGAGGUGAUUUACCCCGGUCUCCCGGGCAAGACGGAAGUGUCGAGGAGGAGGAACAAGCUCGCCUGGCGGGUGCUCAGCCCAGCAGCGCGCAAGUUCAUUGGCGCAGAGGGCGAUCAUCCACCAGCGAACGGCUUCCCGUUCAGUGGUAUGAUCUCGUUUAGGAUACGCGGUGGCCAGGAAGAGGCGGACAGGUUCCUGACGAGUACCCGCCUAUUCACGCUCGCGGAGUCGCUGGGCGGCGUGGAGAGUCUGGCUGAACACCCCGCCCAGAUGACGCACGGCAGCAUCCCACCCGCCGAGCGCGCCAUCCUUGGCAUCGGCGACAACCUCAUCCGCCUGAGUGUGGGUGUGGAGGAGGAAGAGGAUCUGGUGGAUGAUGUGUUGCAGGCGGUGAGAGCUGCGACUGGCCUGUAG